AUGUUUGUAGCUGGUGGCUUCUGUGUGCGCCGUGGCUUCCUCCAGCACGUGCGUUUUCGGGUCAAACUACCUACAUGUCCAGUCCUGGGGUUGGUGGUGGUGAGUCAUCAGUCUAAGUGGCUUCUAAUACGCGAUCUAGCUGUGAUGUUGCCAACGCUUGUGGUAACGCCUAACGAGGUCAAAAUAAAAACCUCGGGUCCUCAGCCAUUGGUGGCUCCUGAUCCUCCAGCGGCCGCUCUUAUUGGCCGCCCCACCCGUCAAUUCGCUGUUAACACUUCCUGGUCGCAUCGCGGAAAUAAGCAAAAGCACGCUGUGGAGACCGUCUAUAUACACGCUGAAACGCAGAUAGCUCUCCCUAGGUGCGACGUCAUGGAGAGCCCCACGGCCCUGCAGAUCGCUUACGCCCAUCGCCGUGCCAUAAACGCAGCCAUAGUGGAUCUCUUUGGGGAUAUUUCUGGGGCCUCCGUGCUUGCCUACGACUUGCUUAAAUGUACCCAAAUGGAGGUGAAUAACGAGACGGAGAAAGACAAGACCUUCGGACGUCGCUUUGAGUUAUUGGUCGCUCUCCAAAGAGCCCACGCAGAUGAGAUGAUUGCAGCGCUGUCAAUGAUAACCGCGGGAUUCUGUGGUGGAGAGAUACUGUCUCUAUUUGUCCCCUCCAAAGCUUCUGCUGAGACAAAGGUUUCUGCAGGACUUGUUGUUGAUGUUCUUGGAGUUGCUGACUCACCAACUACACUAAUUUCAGCUUCUUGA